AUGGCUACCACAAUCACUGAUUGGAGAACUGAUCGGAGAAUGAUGGAACUGAAGGUAACCCAGUCUCAAUUCUCGCUUCCUGGCUUUGAAAGCCCGGACCCGGCAGUCAAGAUUGAAGAGGAACAUAUACCAGCUUAUGAGAAAGGGCUCUCUUACCCGGUUCAAAUAGGGCAAGUUUUCAGUUCUCUGCCGCAACCUGGUGUAUCUCCAUCUGUCCACCGCCAGCGGAAGAGAAUGAACAAGGUUGUAAGGCCACGAUAUGUCUUUAUUGCGGACGGACCAACAAGCGUUUCACAUCUUCAAGCUCAAGCCUCCCUCCCCAACCAGAGACUCACCAAACAGGCCCUGAAAGUGUUACUAAAGGAGCUCUUAGUCGCAUUGGACUACCUCCACACUGAAGCUCAAGUCCUCUAA